AAAGGUUUAAAAGUGAAUCUGCCCAUUAACACUGGAAAAUUUGCUCAGUUGAUUGACGUAUACGUAUUAGAAAUGACACGGUGCUACAUAUUGGGUGCACUGAAUUUGCAUUAUUUCACCAGUGAUCAUUUCAAGCGCAGUACAGACGAGCAAAUCGAAGCAUUCUAUACUCAAUUCGUCGACAAAAAUUUAUUUCGAGAUUGGUUUUACGGCGUUCAGUUCAUUGAGCAUGCAUUUAACGACGCCAGAGAAAGCGGGUACAGGUUGUGUUACGGCAUUUGGUACUAUUGCCAAAAAUACGGUGUUCGAGCUCCAGUAAUUGGAGGAUUCGGGAAUGUAGUUGAAUACGCAGUACAAAUGUUUUAUACAAAUUACAAAAAUAAUAUUUGUAUGCACGCUCACUCACGCAUCCGAAAGUUUUUCACACAUCAAAACGCGAGCAAAGCACAAAUUGAUGACACCAUGGAUUUCUUAUUCAAGCAAAACUCCAACUGUGUGCCAGACCUGGAUUUGAUGUGGGAACUGGAAAAUACAUUAAAGCCAAUCCGAUUCGACGAUGGGAAAGGGUACUUUUUUGCUAUGGAAAGCAAUUGGUUCAAAUACAUACCAAUAUUCCUGAAUUUGCAACAGUACAUUCGCAAUCAUGAACGUGAACGAAAAGCCGCAAUCAUGAACGAACCGAGCUUCGUGAAUACAGAAAUUUCACCGUGGUACCAACGUCAUCGUUCGAAAGACAUUACAUUCGAAUUGAUCGAGAAAGACAUCAAAAGUAAAGAAUGGGAUGUAUUAUGGCGUCUGUAUUUCGACAUCGAUAGCAUCGAAAGAGAACCGAGAAACAAAAAUGAUGGCCAUGCAACAAUAAAAUUCGACAACUCCAUUCAAACAGAUGGUGUCGGUAUGUCAUUUUUGAUGGAACGAACAAAAUUCAUCAUUGAAAAAGACGAUGAAGAGCGUAUGAAAGAGACACAAGAGAUGCUUCUGAAAAGCCAACAAGUGUAUGGUCUCGAUCCUGGACUACGUUUGGUCAUUGGUGGUGUGCGCAUUAACAAUUUCAACGAUCGAAAUAAUCGCACUGAAACAAUCAUUCGAUUGACAUCGGGCCAAUAUCAAGAUAUGAUAAAUUCAUCGCGACGGAACAAAUGGCGCAAAAAGUUGACAAUUGAAAUCGAUGAAAAGAUGCGUCCACAUCGUGAGUCAUUUGAUGAGCAGCCUGGUCCACGAGCCGAAGACCAUAAAUCAUAUGCUGAUCAUAUUUUGCGUCAUUUUGAAGAAAAGUUCAUAUACAUUGACACGAAUAGAGCACUUGAUGCAUAUGCAACCAAGCUCAUCGAUGGUAAGCAAACGUUCAUAUUUGUCGGUGAUCGUUUCAUUGCGGCAGAUUCACCAGCCCGAGGAUAUAUUCGAUCGAAGGUGCGAGAUUUGUUCGAGAAGUUGAAACGUCGCCGUAAAUGUACAGUGGUCGAGGUGGACGAAUUUCGGACGACCAAAUUAUGUUCGUUGUGCUUCCGUGAACUUGAAAAACCGACAAAAAGAGGCAAAGUAAAGGAGAAAUAUCGCUAUCUCACAUGCCAUGGAUGCGAACCAUUGUGUGGAGAAAAUGUGCUUGGAAAAGCCCAAGGUCCGAUUGAAUCACGAAAAAGCAAUCGCAAAUUGACGCAGCAACGAAAACAUCGUCCCCGUACUGAUGGUCCACGUAUGGCAUCAAAAUUUCGUAAAUAUGAAGAGAAAACUCGAAUUGGGCGUACUAUCACCUGGAAUCGUGAUGCAAAUGCAGGUCGUAACAUUCUCUACAAAGGAUGGUGUGCUGUUAUGAAUAUAGAGCUACAUCCAGCAUUUCAACGGCAUCUUGAAGAAGAAGAAGAAAAUGCAGGAGGAGGAGAUCCACCGCCAGCACCACCAGCACGAGCUCGACAAUCAAGACGAGCAGCAUCCAAUCAAAAUCAACAAACAACACAACGAACAUUGCGUUCUCAUCUGGAUCAAGCGCGGAGCUCUCGGCCGUAAGCCCUGGGUUUUGUGCGGGAUUUCAACGUGGUCCUACAAUUCGCUACAAUUAGUAAGUAUUUAAAUUUAAUCCU